AUGAUCGGGCUGAGUGAGUCAAAAUUCGCGAAAAUUUCCGUCGAAAUUUUGUGUCUUGUUAUUUAUUAUUAUCGGGGAAAUUUUUCACGCCCGAAAAACGCGGUCAUCUCAGCAAUUACUCACCUUCAAAGUGCCAAAUUGGAUUACAUUAAUUUACCACAAGGUAAUUAUUAUGAGUAUGUACAAGAAUUAUCAUUUCCGUCGAGUCAUUCAUCGGUCGUCACUUACUGCGGCGUUUACUUAAUAGUAUAA